AUGGUGGCCGGGGCAGAGGAGAGGGAGAAGAGCAAUCCUCGGAAAAGAUAUAGGAUAGUGAAUAGAUCCGCGAGUUCCUUUAUAAAGAGAGUACCACACUUUGGUGGAAAUGAAACAAUCUGUAACGAUGAGUCUUCUCCAUGUCCUGCCUUGGUUAUCCUUUAUGCCAGGCUCGGCCUUCAUCCGUACAAUUUGCUCCAGGAGAAAAACUUAGAGCUCAGUAGCGUAAAGAAAUACAACCAGUCCACGCAUUCUGCUGCUUGCUCUUACCACAUUACUUUGGACACCAUUGGUCUCACCGCUCUUCAACAUUUUGAGACUUCAGUUUAUGAAAUAUCCUCUGGCAAAUUAGCUUUAUCGUGCCGAAUUGCUAGACCUCUAGGUGAUUACGAGACUAUUUGUGGUGGUGCUUAG